AUGCGGCUAACCAACGCGGAGGACACGCCGCUCCGACCAGAGACGAAGCUGAGCGGCGUCGUCGACGACCGCGUCGCGGCGCUCGACCGGAGCGCGGACGCCUUCGUCGAGGGGAUCAUGGUCUCCGACGACGACGUCGUGACGAUCGGCGACACGAGUGAUGCCCCCGUCAUUAUUGGGGAGGAGCUGGUCGGCCUUGAAACGGCGCAGGAGAGCGACAACAUCGCCAUCGCGGCUUUACUGGCUGUUGCCGUUUUGUGGGGCACGAACUUCCCCGCCGUGCGCUACCUCGUGACGGACCCUGUCAGUCUGACGCCGGCGGCGUACUCCUUCGCGCGGUUCGGCGCGUCCGCGCUGGCGCUGAGUCCUCUUUUACCUCGUGCGUCCUCAAAAGGAGCAUUAUUAGCUGGCGCCGAGUGCGGUUUGUGGAUCGCGGCGGGCUAUGUGGUCCAGUGCCUCGCAUUGCAGGGCACGACGGCGGCGAAGGGUGCUCUUUUAGCUGCGUUACAGGUCGUGGUGGUCCCCGCAGUGGUGGUAUUGUUCCCGGCCCUCCGACCGAAGGCGGGCAAGGAGCCCACGAUGAAAGAUUGGGUCUGCGCCGGCGCGGCGUUGGCGGGCGUCGCCUUGCUCGAAUUACAGGGCUUGACAGCACCUGUCGCGUCGGACGCCGUGGCCGCUCUGCAGCCCGUCUUCUUCGGGAUUUCUUACCUACGAAUCGCCGAGGCGGGUCGGAAGUACCCGUCGGACGACGACGCGCUGGCGAUGGCGGCGGCCCAGGUCGUAGCUGUCGCGGCGGUCGCGUCGAUCUGGCUCCUCGGCGCGGAGGGUUCUGAAGGUUUUAGUCACGUUCUAGCUUUAUCAGACCAGCCCCAGACGCUGGCGGUGCUGGCGUGGACGGCGCUCGCGUCGACGGCGCUGACUAUUUUAUUACAGACGUACGCUUUGGCGAGGGUGCCCGCGGCCACAGCGUCGCUCGUCGUGUCCUCCGAGCCGCUCUGGGCCGCGCUGUUGGCGGCCGUGUUGCUGGGCGAGACGAAUUAUGGGGCGGCGGACGUCGCGGGCGGUGCGCUGAUAUUGGGGGCGUCGCUCGCGCCGGCGUUCCUGGACGACGACGCGUUCGCCGGCGCGGCGUCUUCGGAUGUAGAAUAAUUAUGUGUGCAUAGUGAUCAUCUGUCGGAGGCGUCAAAACGGGUUUUUGCAGGAGCUUGAUCCGGCCUUACCUUCGCUUAUGCGCGGUUCAGGCGGCUAGCCGUCCAGAGAUAUUCGAAGAUGUCCUUGUGUUGCCUUUUCAUGUCCGUGGCACUCACUUUUGUAACAAACGGCGUCGCACACAAAAAGUUUGAGGCAGGUUUCACACAGCCAAGCCCAUAAUUACGUUCGCGAGGGCGCAUCUCCGGCCCGCACGGCGCGCAGGCGGUCGUGUCGACUCGUUAAAUUGCCCUGCACGCGCGAGCGGAUCGGUUACGUCCGCGCAGGGCGGCCUCGUGUUCGUCUCCGAUCCGGUCCACGGCCGCGUGUCGGCGAGCUUCAAAGAACGCUACGGCUACGCGUCUUGGGUCGGCCCACUAGUAGGGGUGUGGGAGCUUGUCAUCGUGGGACGCAUGUGGUGCAGCCACGGCGGCACGCAGCGGGUCGCGGCGAUGAGAAUGUUGUCCACAUUAAUGGGCGGCGCGUUCUACAGUCUCGUCGCUGAGGGCGAUUUGGUGGGGAGUCUCGGACCGAUCGCCUUCGCGGCGAUGAGCGUGUGGGUGCUCGGGUGGACUGCGGCGGCCGCCGCGAGCCAGACGUCAUUUUUUACCCUCGGCGCUCUGAUAGCUAUCGGCGUCUCCACGUUUUCGCCGGGCAAGCCGAACUCCGAGGACUCCAAGUCCCGGCCGUUCAUGGGGCGGCAAGCGUCAUGGUUGUCCGAACUAUCCACAUCGACGACGGCCGGGGGGAAGCGGGACUAGGUUGUGUCACUUGUGUUUCGAAUUAUACCCAGCAGCUUC